AUGCUGCAGGCUUUUCCCUCCGGCCGGAUUUCUGUGUACAGCAUUCCAGCUCCGGACGCUGAAUGGGCUUCAGGGCAGGAAAGUCCGCGCGUUUCCUACUGCCCAUCCUACCAAGAAGGUGUGUGCCAAAAGUAUCAUUUCUUCAAAAGGAUGAAGUUGUGUUUCUGGAGGAGAUGUCUUCUAGGAAUAUUACCUACAGUUUCUUUAACAGUUACAGCAAUCCUGCUAGUCCUGCACUACUCACUCUCUCCAGCUUUUUCCUUUACUUAUAUCAGUGGAAGUGUAGAAAUUCCUAAUUUGACUUAUACAAGUGACCUCAAUGAUCCAACAUCACAGAAGUUCCUCCUGCAAGCAAAAGCAGUCCAAAAUUAUUUGGCAGAAACAUACGAAUCUUCCUUCUUGGGAAAGUACUACUUGAAGUCUGUAGUGGCUACUUUCAGUGAAGGAGAAUCUGGGCUUCGAGCUUAUUUCUGGAAUACAUUCUGGGCACCACAAGAUAUGGUUGCUUCUCUUAAAAAAUUAACCCCAGUGGAACAAAAAGAAAUCUGUAGUAAACAAGCAGCUCCCUUGUUCAGUUCUGGGGAGGAGGAUUUUGAUCUUGAUACAAUGGAGCUUUUUGUUUCAGAUUCCAUAGAAUAUGAUGUGAUGCUAAAAUCAGCAGUAUCCUUUGACCUGUAUGCCAAGCCAGGUAACAACAGGACUCUAACUCUGAUGAAUCCCAAAAAGUCAUUUUAUCAAUGGAGACUGCGAGUUCCUUCUAACUAUGUGGUGAGACUGGUAGUUAUCACUUUGCGUGGUGUUACUCCAGACAGCUGUGCAUCACACCACUUGUCAGCAUAUGAUUUCCUUCUUCCACUGCAGAACAAGAUCAUUACCAGAUGGUGUGGGCCUGGGGCCUGGACUCCUUCUGUUGUGCGUUUAACUUCAUCAAGUAAUGUAAUGUUGCUUACCUUCUCACUGGACCAAAGAGGAGAAAGAAACAUAUUAAAAGCUCACUUUCAAGCCAUUCCUAAAAUCAUAUGUGGUGGUCAUUAUACUUCCUGGAAUGGGACACUAAGUUCCCCUUAUUACCCAAGUUACUACCCACCAAACAUUGACUGCACCUGGAUCAUCAAGGCACCAUUGCCUGGCUACAAACUCUCAAUAAAAAUCCUUGUAAUACAAAUUCAAGAGAAGUCUCCAGGGUCCAGUAAAUGUGAUAAAGACUGGUUAGAAAUUGAUGGAGUUAGAUACUGUAAAGCUCUUUCAGAAAACAACAGAAACAGAGAAUAUGGCUAUUCUGUUGAAAUCAACUUCCAUUCUGAUGAGCUGGUCACCCACAGAGGGUUUUAUAUUGAAUACAAAGCUUUCAGUCACACAGACCGUUGUAAUCCAGAACAAUUGAACUGUGGUGAUGGGAAGUGUAAACCUCAGUAUACGUCUUGUAAAGAUGAUGACAGCUGCAGGCAGGACAGUGAUGAAAACAACUGCUCCUACAAAAGUUGCUCCCCUUAUGCAUACAAAUGCCUCAAUGGAAAAUGCUUGCUGAAACCAAAUCCUGAGUGUGAUGGGAAAAGAGACUGCACAGAUGGAUCUGAUGAAAUGAACUGUGGUGUGGUAGCAUUUAUUUUAAAAUUUGUUACUUGUGGAAGACGCCUGCUUAAGAAAACCAGAAUUGUUGGAGGUGAAGACGCGAGAUCUGAGAAGUGGCCUUGGCAAGCGAGUUUACAGAUGGGGGCACACGGCCACGUGUGUGGUGCAUCUGUGAUUUCCAACAGGUGGCUCGUAUCUGCUGCCCAUUGCUUCCUGGAUUCUCAUUCUGUGAGAUACUCCGUUCCAAUGGGAUGGAGAGCAUAUAUGGGCUCACAUACUAUUAAUGAAAAGAGCAAUCGUGUAGCUGUGAGAUCAAUCAUAAGGAUUAUUGUCCACCCACAGUACGACCAAUCUAUCUCAGACUAUGACAUUGCCCUGUUGGAAAUGGAGACACCUGUACUCUUCAGUGAGCUGGUACAGCCCAUUUGUUUACCCAGCACCUCUAGAGUAUUUCUUUAUGGAACUGUCUGCUAUGUAACUGGCUGGGGAGCCAUAAAAGAAAAUAGUCAUCUUGCCAAAACACUGCAGGAAGCUCAAGUGAGAAUGAUUAACCAAAGUGUUUGCAACAAGCUCUAUGAUGAUCUUAUUACUUCACGUAUGCUGUGUGCUGGGAAUCUUAAUGGUGGUGUUGAUGCAUGCCAGGGAGAUUCUGGAGGUCCCUUGGCCUGCUCAGGGAAGGGCAAUAGGUGGUACCUUGCUGGCAUUGUGAGCUGGGGUGAAGGGUGUGCCCGGCGCAAUCGUCCUGGUGUGUACACCAAGGUGACAGCCCUUUAUGACUGGAUCCGUCGGAACACAAACUGA